AUGGACGAUGAAAACGCGUUGCGCGCAGACAUUCAGAACUUUCUUGUAACGACAGCAAAGUCAUUUUUACCUAACCAACUCGUCGAUGAUGUCUUCCAGUUGGCAAGGAAUGUCGUCACUAAAACGACGAGAAAAGGCUCCGCUGACUUCGCGUGUAAAGCGUUCGUGUGUCUUUUUGCAACUUUGAAAAGGAUGGCCACGUCGGGGAGAGGAGCAGAAGAUGAGGACGAGGAGGAAGAAACGGACGAAGAAGAAGAUGAGAACGCUAUCCGAGAAGCUCUGUUAAAAUCGACGACGAUGAACACUCCCAAUACCACGACUUCCACUAAAAACGAGAAAAACUAUCACCUGUGUUAUCGUCGCAAAGCAGGCGAGUCAGAUGUGCGUGUGCUUGUGCUGUAUCGGGUAACCGCGUACGGUUUGGUUCACAGAAGCGAAUACGCCGAUAGCAUCGCUUUGUGCGAUGCGGUUUAUGAAAAUAUGGACGCUUCUCAAAUACACAAGGUUGGCAUCGCGGAUAUUAGAACAUGUCCUAAAAGCGGAACGAUGCGAAUACUGACGAAGAAACGUCUGGCAGAGCACGCGAAAAUGGGAGAGUUGAUGUGCUCCAUGUGUGGACGAUUUUUUGAAGCUUCGAAAGGUCUCGUGACUCACGCGCAAAGUGUCCAUAAGCAUUCGUAUGAACAAGGCAAGCACUUGCAACAAACGGCGAGAAACUCACUCAUAGAUUUAACAAACAUAGACGCGUUACAACGAGAAUAUUUACUGAGUCGAUUUACCGAGGUACUCGGCGAAGAAGAAACGAAGAAGAAAGCCACACCGGCAUUGCAUCCAUUGCUUGAGAUUUGCAAAACAAACAACGUCGAGAACGCGAGACAAUUUUUACGAGAGAACCCAGAUGCUGAUGUCAACGACAUUUGUGACCAGCACGGUUCGAAUUGCUUGCACUGGAGCUCUGGAUCGAAUGCUUUGGAGCUGUGUAAAUUUCUCUGCGAUGAAGUUGGUAUGGAUCCGGCGUUUGCUGAGCGAAAGAAAGGUCGAGCGGCAAUUCAUUGGGCGAGUAGGAACGGAUGUUUAGAAGUGCUCGUAUGGCUCAUUGAAGAAAAAGGGAUUGAUAAAGAUUGCGAAAUGUCAGAUGGUACGACACCAUUUAUGCGAGCGGCGUGGAUGGGACAUUUGGAGUUAUGCGAGUAUUUGGUCAAGGUCGCAAAUUGCGAUAUUCAUCGAGAAAACAAGUAUCGAUGUAACGCGGUGCACUGGGCGGCACAAAGCGGCGACGUGAAAAUGCUCAAGUACCUUCGCGCUUUAGGUCUUGAUGUCACGUCUGCAAAUGUCAACGGUCACUCCAUUCUCCAUAAAUCUGCAACCAAAGGCUUCUACGACGCGUGCGUGUAUUUAGUCGAAGAGUUAGAUUUGCCGUUACUUCGAGAUAACGACGGGUACGGUCCAGAGGAUAUGGCAAAAAUGGAAGGACACAAAGAACUCGCAAGCUGGCUUAAAGAUAGAAGGAGCAGAAUAGAAUAG